GUACCAAUGUCUCGCAAUCGGCAAAUCAUCAUCCCCGACGACGUGAUGGAAACAGAAGCGGUGGUUAAUACCGUCGCCGGCGUCGACUGUUUCGUCUCACUCCCUCGUCAAUUACUACACGCGCUUCAAUCCACCAGCUCCUCUCCUCUCCCUCCGCUUCUCCCUGUCGAGCUACGCUCCGGUGACCGCCGUUGGUCAGUUGCUUGGUCCGGCUCUAGCUCCUCCUCUUCUGCGAUCGAGAUCGCUCGAGUGUUUGCGGAAAGCAUUUCGUUGCCGGAUGGUACAGUUGUUAAAGUUCGUGUUCUUCCUAAUGUGCCCAAGGCUACUUUAGUAACAGUCGAACCAGAGACUGAAGAUGACUGGGAAGUUCUUGAGCUCAAUGCUGAACUUGCCGAGGCAGCUAUACUUAGUCAGGUGAGGAUACUACAUGAGACCAUGAAAUUCCCUUUGUGGUUGCAUGACCGAACUGUGAUAAGAUUUUCUGUGGUUUCAACAUUUCCAUCAAAAGGGGUGGUACAACUUGUGCCAGGAACUGAAGUGGCUGUGGCUCCAAAGAGACGUGACAGAAAUCUCAAAGCAAAAAAGAGUCAGGAAAAAGAAUGUAACAAUGUGAAGGCUCUACUACGUGUACAAGAGACUGAUAGAUCAGCCUUUCAUGAAGCUGAUGUCAAAGGAUUUGAGCUAAGGGUAGCCCUCACGUCUAUUGCCUAUAUUCAUCCAGAAACUGCCAAGAAACACUCUCUAGAAUCUCUUCAGUUGAUUUCUGUAUCCCCUAGAAUACCUUUGAAAGGUAGUGCAAAGAAGGAUGAAGCCUUAAAUAUGAAAAACAGUGAAGCUUCAAAGGUGGCCGAGAAUGGUACUUCAAGCGCCAAGAAAGAGCCUCGUCAAGCAAUUCUUCGUCUUGUCUUUUCAGAUUUAGCUGCUAAAGGACAUCUAAUGAUGGUCGAGUCUCUUCGUCUCUAUCUAGGAGCAGGCCUACACUCAUGGGUUUACUUAAGGGGAUGCAAUGUGAAUGAAGACAAAGAAAUUCCUGCUCUUUCACUUUCUCCUUGUGUCUUCAAGAUUUCUGAAAAUGAAAAGGUGCUGGAUAAGGGUACGGAUAGGCUUGGUAAUAACAAUUCUGUUAGAAAAAGCAGUCAUCCACCGUCUGGCUUGAGCACCUAUGUGGAUGUUGUCGACUGGUCUGUGCACGAUAAGGUUGUUACAGCUCUUUCAUCUGAGGGUUUGCAUGACGAAGGAAAUCAUGAUAAGAAUAAGAAAGGAUUGGAAUACCUUACUCGCCUGUGGUCAUUGGCACAGCUUGAUGCUAUGGCGUCAGUCACAGGAGUUGAUGUUAGUUCGUUAAUUGUGGGAAGAGAAACGUUUUUCCAUUUCGAAGUAAGAGGGCUCGAAUCUUAUAAAUCCAUAGACGGGCAGCCUUCUGUUAAUGAUCGUUGGGAAAGUGGGAAGAAGGAUAAACACACUCCUUUAGAAAUUUUGUACGUCAUGACGGUCUCUGAUGAGUCUUUGCUUGGUGAUAAAUUCGCUGGGUAUGAUCUUAGCCUGGAUAGAAGUGAGAAGAGCGACAAUGUGGUGCAUAUUGAGCCAGUGCUUGAGAAGAUGAAUCUUGGCGAGCCUAUAUAUUUAAAGUCGGCUAAAGAGACACACUGCAAUAAAGGUGUUUCCCCAGAUAUAUCCUCCUUGACGUGGAUGGGCCCAAUCGUGUCGGAUGUUAUCAAGAGAAUGACCGUGUUGUUGUCUCCUGCAGCUGGAAUGUGGUUUAGCAAGUUCAAGAUUCCAUCACCUGGACAUAUUCUCAUAUAUGGGCCUCCUGGUUCAGGAAAGACAAUAUUGGCAAGAGCUGCUGCAAAGUAUUUCGAAGAACAGAAAGACUUGUUGGCACAUGUGAUUUUAGUAUCCUGUUCUACACUUGCCUUGGAGAAGGUUCAACACAUCCAUCAUGUCCUUUCUAGUGUAAUAGCUGAGGGGUUGGAACAUGCACCAUCUGUCAUCAUUUUGGAUGAUCUUGAUAGCAUUAUCUCAUCGUCUUCUGAUACUGAAGGAACACAAGCUUCGGUUGGGGUUACAAUGCUUACAAAAUUCCUAACAGAUGUUAUAGAUGAUUAUGGGGAAUACAGGAAUUCCUCUUGUGGAAUUGGCCCACUUGCAUUCGUUGCUUCUGUCCAGUCUCUAGAGCAAAUUCCACAGACAUUGAGCUCAUCAGGAAGGUUUGACUUCCAUGUGCAACUGGCUGCUCCUGCUACCUCGGAACGUGGGGCCAUACUGAAGCAUGAGAUACAGAAACGCCUUUUAGACUGUUCAGAAGACAUUUUACUUAACUUAGCUGCUAAAUGUGAAGGAUAUGAUGCAUAUGACCUGGAAAUAUUGGUUGAUAGAGCUGUUCAUGCUGCCAUUGGCCGGCAUCUACCUUUAGAAUCAAAUAUAUCCAAAUAUAAUUUGGUCAAAGAAGACUUUACUCGAGCUAUGCAUGAUUUUGUGCCUGUUGCCAUGCGUGACAUCACAAAAUCUGCCUCUGAAGGUGGUCGUUUGGGGUGGGAAGAUGUGGGAGGUGUGACUGAUAUUAAAAAUGCUAUCAAAGAGAUGAUUGAGCUGCCAUCAAAAUUUCCAAAAAUCUUUGCAAAAUCUCCUCUGCGUUUGAGAUCGAAUGUUCUCUUGUAUGGCCCACCCGGUUGUGGGAAGACUCACAUUGUUGGUGCAGCUGCUGCAGCGUGUUCCCUACGGUUUAUAUCGGUGAAGGGGCCUGAGCUGUUAAACAAAUACAUUGGUGCAUCUGAACAAGCGGUCCGUGAUAUAUUUUCGAAAGCAGCAGCUGCAGCUCCAUGCAUACUCUUUUUCGAUGAAUUCGAUUCAAUUGCUCCCAAAAGAGGACAUGAUAAUACUGGUGUAACUGAUCGAGUUGUUAAUCAAUUUUUGACAGAACUGGAUGGAGUUGAAGUUCUAACAGGGGUCUUUGUAUUUGCUGCAACCAGGUAUUCACACCCGAAUAAGUCUAUCUUGCAUAUCAUAUUUUGUGUUCGAUGUAUCAUAUAAUCAACUGCAAACGGUGGAUUCUUCUGAGUUGAUAGUUAAUAAUAAAUCUUAAAUAUGAUAAUCUUGAAGCCUGUGCUCAGUCCUCAAUUUAUGUUUUUCAUUACAUACAAAAGAGGGAUAAUGACUUUAUAAUGGAUACAUGACUCAAUUAACAGUAGACCAGAUUUACUUGAUCCUGCCCUCCUAAGGCCUGGCCGGCUUGAUCGUCUUCUUUUGUGCGACUUUCCUUCCCCACCAGAACGAUUAGAGAUUCUUACAGUUCUUUCUAGAAAGCUUCUGAUGGCUGAUGAUAUUGACCUAGAGCCUAUAGCUUUGAUGACUGAAGGCUUCAGUGGAGCUGAUCUUCAAGCUCUUCUCUCAGAUGCGCAACUUGCAGCUGUACACGAGUAUCUGAACAGAGAAGAUAAACCCGAGACCGGAACUACACCAAUAAUAACUGAUCCUCUUCUGAAGUCGAUUGCUUCUAAAACUAAACCAUCGGUUUCCGAAACCGAGAAACAAAAGCUCUAUGACAUAUAUAGCCAGUUUCUGGAUUCAAGAAAAUCGUCAAGAGAAGCAAAGGGCAAAAGAGCAACCUUAGCAUAAUCAAAGGUAUUACAAAGACACAAAAAGGAAUGGUUACAUUGUAGAAAUCACAUCAUGUUGUAAAAUUUGCUUUAUGAUAGAUAUGCCCAGUUGUUAGCAUUAGAGUAAAAGUGGUUGAAGUUUGGAAUAAAGAUAGUUAGAUACUAGAGAGACACAUGGUAAGUUCUACAAGAUUCAAACGACUAUAGACAUCUCUACAGUAAUAAGAUUAAUACAUUUCUUUUGGCAAUUUUAGAAUUUUAAAAGCUGUAAUAUUUUUGGUCAAAACAAGAUAAAAAUGGUAUUCAAGUUCCGUAAUUUUGUGUAUGAAAUGAAAUAAAAACGCAUAGAAAAG